GCCUUGGUAGAGGCGUCAAUGCGAAGUUGCCAGGUCCGGGGCUCCGUUGUCCGGGUUGUGCAGUAAGGAAGAGAUGUUGGGAGGCUAAGGAUCGCAAUAUAUGUGUGGACUGGACCGGGGGGAUCUGUUCCACUGGCCUGGGGAGCUCUCCAUGUCGGGGGCCAGGUCUGAGGACACCAUGGACAAACAGAUGGCUCGCUGCAAGAUAGUGGUGGUCGGUGAUACGCAGUGUGGAAAGACAGCUCUGCUCCACGUCUUCGCUAAGGACUGCUAUCCAGAGAACUAUGUCGCCACGGUGUUUGAGAACUACACAGCCAGCUUUGAGAUUGACAAGCAGAGGAUUGAGCUCAACAUGUGGGACACAUCUGGUUCAGCAUAUUAUGAUAAUGUCCGUCCCCUGGCAUACCCAGAAUCUGACGCUGUACUUAUUUGUUUCGAUAUAAGCCGGCCAGAAACUUUGGACAGUGUAUUAAAAAAGUGGCAAGGAGAGACUCAGGAGUUCUGCCCAAGUGCCAAAAUUAUUCUAGUAGGCUGUAAACUUGACAUGAGGACAGAUCUGAAUACUCUGCGAGAGCUUUCCAAACAAAGACUUAUUCCUGUUACACAUGAACAGGGUAGUACCCAGGCCCGACAAAUUGGAGCAGUGGCCUAUGUAGAAUGUUCCUCCAAGGUGUCCGAGAACAGCGUGAGGGAUGUCUUUCACGUCACCACUUUGGCCUCUGUUAACCGAAUCCACAAGAACCUUAAACGGAGCAACUCCAAGAGAGGACUGAAGCGUGUAUCGCAGCUACCUGGACGGACUGAACUGUUAAACGAAACAGAGAUGCGCAAGGACCGUGCCAAGAGCUGUUCUAUCAUGUGAAAGUGUUCCUGUCUGCUGUAAACAAACAAAAAAAGUGUGUGGAGGUUAAACUUUGCACCGAGUAACAGGCACCCAGCAGACAUAAAUGGCAGGUUUUGCUUUGCCCAGUGUUGCGUAAUCAUAGCUAGUCUCUGGACGAUGCCAUUUACAGCUAAUUCCCGAUUACAUAGAGAAAUAAUAGAUGACAAAUGCAAAUCAGUGACAUAUAAACAAAUUAACACAAAACGCGCAUUCAGAGUUUGCUUUUUGUCCUGCUGAUUCCGUCCUCAUAAUUGUAUUUAUAUGUGAACACAGCUCACGCCCAUUGUACAGAAUUAAAUGAAGGCACCUCUGUAAAGCCUGUUUAACGUGUGUAUAUAUGUAUGUAUGUUUAUAUGUAUAUAUACACACAGU